AUGAAUAAAACACUUGAGAGAAAUCAAAAUGGAACUGUGAUUAUGAAUCUGAAGAAUUUGAAAAUCAUCUGUGAAAGAGAAGGAUUGUAUUAGAAUCCAGAAAACAAUGACACUUUAUAUUUACAUUUCAAAGGAUUUGACAAGAUCGAAAAUCUUGAACCAUAUUUCAAUCUUGUUGCUUUAUGGUUAAAUAAUAAUGCUUUGCAAAAGAUAGAAGGGUUGUGUUAGCUUAAGAAAUUGAUCAGCUUAUUCCUAAAUCAUAAUUUGAUUGAUAAAAUAGAAAAUGUUUCUGCAUUAUAAGAUUUAGUUACUUUAAAUUUAAGCCAUAAUUCAAUCAAGAAAAUUGAAAACAUAGCCUCCUUGACUAAACUCCAAAAUCUUAAUUUAUCUCAUAAUCAAUUGACCAAUUAUGAGUCAUUAAUGGAAAUUUAAGAUUGUCCAUCAAUCCAGAAUUUAGAUCUUUCAAACAAUCAUAUUAGUUAUGAAGAACCCAUUAUUUCAAUCUUUUAAUCGACAAAUAUCGGCUGUUUAUAUUUAAAAUCAAAUAGUUUUGUGAGAGAAUGUCCAAAUUAUAGAAAAACCAUAGUAGUUGCAAUAAAGACUUUACAAUUUUUGGAUGAUAAACCAGUGACACCAGGAGAACGUAAAAUCAGUGAGGCUUGGUUUAUUGGAGGAAAAGAAGCUGAAUAAUAAGAAAGGGUAUCUUAAAUUGAAAUAAAGAGAGAAUAGGAUCAUCAGAUAUAUUUAUAGACUUUGGAAAGAUAAUAGAGAGGAGAAACAAGAAAUUAAUUACUAAAUUAAUAAUAACAAUUAUGCAAAGAAAUCAGGUAACUAUAGAUUUAGUAUUUUGAUGGAGAAGAAGUUGAUGAAUUGUUAGAAUAAAAAGAAAAUGAAUUAAAAAAUGUAGAACUUGAGUUAGAAAAAUAUCAAGUUGACAAUAUAGCUCCUCAUUAAUGUUUUCUAACAACUAAGGAUGAUGAAGGAAACGUAGUCAUUUUAAAUAAAACCGAGGACGAAGCCAAAUAAAUAAGGGACAGGUAUUUCAAUUAAGAAAUGUAAUAAAUUAAUCAAAAGUUUGAUGAUAAUAAUGUAGAACAGAAAUUAAUUAAUUAAUAAUUAGAACCAGAAGAAGAGGUGGAAGAAGAAGUAGAAUAAGUGUACUAAUAGCCAAAUAAAAAGUCCAAAUUUAUCAUUAACUUGGAUUCAGCUCCUUAAAUACCAAAAAUUGAUAAAAAAGCAAGUUAGCUAAGGGAAUGGAAGUAAAAGAGAGAAGGUUGGACUAUAGACCAUGAUGAGUUAUUAGAAAAUCUAUUAAUGUACCAUCAAUUUAAUUUUGAUGCUGUAAGUGAUGAAUUUAAAAGAAUUAUGGCAUAUGAAGAUUAAGAUCUAAAAUAUAUAGAAUCUGAUGAUUUAAGAAUCAUAUGGACAUUUAUUGAAUUAUCAAAAUAUAGAAAUAAAAUACCUUAAAAACUAGAAUAAAUUGAGUGA